AGAAGAAGAAGAAGCUGUCCGAGACUACAUUUCCCACAAUCCACCGCGUUGGUCAAUGCUUUGAGUGCGUGCCCUCGAAGGGUAGCAGACUAGUGCGAUAGUGCAGCCGGCCUCGGCGUUGGUUAGAGGGUGAGUCAGGAUGGUGGACCAGCCUCUGUGGGAACAUGUAGGAUCCAGCUUCGUGUCGCACUACUAUCAUAUGUUUGACAAUGACAGAACGCAACUUGGAUCCAUAUAUAUCGAUGCGUCAUGCCUUACAUGGGAAGGACAGCAGUUCCAGGGAAAAAGAGCGAUCGUCGAAAAACUCACUAGUCUCCCCUUCUCAAAAAUAGCCCAUAGUAUAACAGCACAGGACCACCAGCCGACUCCAGACUGCUGCAUCUUGAGUAUGGUUGUAGGACAGCUAAAAGCAGAUGAUGACCCCAUCAUGGGUUUCCAUCAGAGUUUCAUCCUGAAGAACAUUAAUGAUGCGUGGGUGUGUACCAACGACAUGUUCAGGUUGGCCAUUCACAACUUUGGCUAGCCCCCCUUUCAUACUCUGGCAGGCAGGGGUGGUCAUGGUGAAGGGCACUGUGCGAUGGAGUAUGGAGGGAAAGGGGGAGUUGGAGUUGGAGAUAAGGGAGGACACGUCCCUCCCUCCUGCUGUCUCAUUUAUGCCUGUUUGAAAAAAAGCAAGCAAACACCGGAUUCUAGAUGUCAAUCACUGAACCUCAUCCAGGUGGGUUUUAGGACGAGCCCAGGCAGUACAAUUGCAACAAGUUUUUUUGCUGAGAGCCAGCCAACCAAUCAGAUGCCCCUGUCUGCUACUCUGCUGAUCUGCAUGAUGCUGGGAGCCUCCCACGACAAUAUCUACACUCAAGUCACCAAAAAGACAAACAGCUGACCGACGCCAAUAACUCAUCCUCUGCUCUACUCGCUGCCGUUCUCCAUUUAAUCUAUUAAAAUGUACUGUUCACUGAACCAUUGUUGACUGGUUUCCAAAUCCAUGUUUAGGAUCAGGUUUGGCUUCUAGUUCCCCACUCUUUGUGUUGUAACUUGUUUUUAGAUGCCACUUAUGUCUUGCCUUAGUGUGUUUUACUGAGUUUGAGCUCCCUUUAUGUUAUUGUUUACUUUGCUACUGUUCACUUUUUCAAGCCAGGUUUUGCUCGUGCAAACCAAAGAAUGGAAAAGGACUUCAAGUUUAACCUUCAUAUGAUUGGCUCUGAUCCCACAUAUUCACUUGGUCUCUCACUCUUUCUGUUGUUCUCUUUUACAUCUCAUGUCAGGCAGUUAACAUGGUCUACAACCACAAUAGACAAUAAACCUUGACUUUUUCAUAA